AUGCAGCGAGCCAGCCAGUUGGCCGUGCGGGCAUCUUCACUUUGGCGGCAGGGCCCUCGCAACGUAUCCGUCUCUUCGGCUCUUCGCAGCGACCAACUGUUCGUCCAUCGUGACGACGAGCGCAACAACGCCAAGGUCAAGUUCGAGUUUACGCCCGAGAACGCCAAGCGCGCCGAGGCGAUCACCAGCAUCUACCCGGAAGGCCACAAGAACGCCGCGGUCAUCCCCCUUCUGGACCUGGCUCAGCGACAGCACGGCUGGCUCCCGCUGACAGCUAUGCACUACGUGGCCGACUACCUGGGCAUGCCGCGCAUGCGGGUCUACGAGGUGGCCACCUUCUACACCAUGUUCAUGCGGCAGCCCGUGGGCCGCUACCACGUCCAGGUGUGCACCACGACUCCCUGCAUGCUUCGCGGCGCCGAGGAUAUUCAAGCGUGCGUCGAGCGCAAACUGGGCAUCCGGCCGGGUGAGACGACCUCUGACGGCCUGUUCACCCUAAGCGUGGUCGAGUGCCUGGGCGCCUGCGUCAACGCGCCUAUGAUUCAGGUCAACGACGACUACUACGAAGACCUGGAGGCCAAGGACGUCGACGAGCUGCUGGACGCCUUCAAGCGCGGCGAGAGGCCCAAGCCCGGACCGCGGAGCGGCCGCUUCUCUUGCGAGCCGGCCAAGGGCCUGACGUCGCUCACAGAGCCGCCGAAGGGGCCCGGCUUCAAGGUGCGACCCGACCUGUAGUUGGACCGCGAGUUAUUCUUUAUAUUAAAAAUCUGUUAAGAUGGCGACCCCCCUUUCCCGAAAAAAAAAAAAAAAACUUGAUCCCCCUUGGCCUCCGUGUGGUCACUGCUUGUCCGAGCUGCCACUCCGCCGUCGUUUCCUGUACGAGCGCUGGUUGCGGAAGCCGCAUCGGGGCCGCUUGAACUCUGGUCUGCUGGCGUGCUCACUGGUUGUGGGGCUGCGCACGAUGAAAGGAAGAAAUAA